AUGGGCAAUUUUCAAGGCGGUGACGGCGUUAUUGAGUGUAGGCGAUCUGGAGGCUGUUUCUGCUUCACUUUUCUCUGUUUUGAACUGUCCCUCUCUUUUUAUUUCACUCACUAUCUAUCUAUCUAUCUAUCUAUCUAUCUAUCUAUCGCAGCAAUAUUUCUAUAUUCUGUUCUACCCUCUGAUACUUUGGUAAAAUAUCUUUCUUCUUUCUUCUAUACUACCCCUCUCUUUUUUCUAUCAUUUCGACAUUUUGUUUCUGUGGAAAAAUAUCUUUCUUCUUCACUGCUCUCUCUCACUCACUCUCUCUCUCUCUCUCUCUCUCUCUCUCUCUCUCUCUCUCUCUCUCUUACUAAUUCCCAUGCAUACAGAAAGUCUCUAAACUUUCUACAAGUCGCCACCCCCAAUUCUUAUCUCAUCUCAUUUUCUUCAUUUUUGCCAAAUUAUACAUGCCCCAUCUGUUUAUGUAACCCGUGA